AUGACAUCUUCGGAAGCGCACGCCACUGAUCCUAUGUGCAGGAUGUUGCUUGAACAUACCUACGAAGCGAUUAUUGAUGCCGGUGUAAAUCCUAAAGAAUUAAGAGGAACAAAAACCGCUAUCUUCAUAGGAUCAUGUUACUCUGCGACAAGAAACAUAAUUACGUAUUACAGGCCUGAAGCAGCUGGAUACUCAAUUGUUGGAUGUAGUCAAUACUUGUUAGCCAACAGCAUUUCUAACUGGCUUGGCCUUGAUGGACAAUCUUAUGCCUUGGAUACGGCUUGCAGUUCAAGCCACUACGCCAUGGCGGAAGCUUACAGAAUGAUACGAAGUGGAGAAUGCGACGCGGCUAUCGUGGGAGGCGCCAACAUGUGUAUGCAUCCCAACGUUUUGCUUCAAUUUAUUCAACUCGGUAAAGUUAUACUUAAGAAUCUGUUUGAUCACUUGCAUCUAAACAUUAUAACG